GCCCAUGAGCAGGCAGCGCCACUCCUCCCAUCAGCCCCGCGCUACGGUGGCCGGACGUGCUCAGGGGGCGGGAAAGACGCGGCGAGGCGAUGGCUGCGGAGCGGGAGAUGCGGGACUUCACUCGCGGGCUCUUCCAGGGCAGCCCGGACCUCAGCGUGCUGACGCUGGCCAUGGUGCGGAGGACGUACCUGGCCCACGUGGGCCGCGAGAGCCUGGUGCGGGAGGAGAAGGACCUGCUCAAGCAGCUGGUGGAGGAGGAACUGCUGAGAAUGCAGCAGCUGGAAGAUUCCAGUUCCGACGGGGGGUCCCCGAACCCCGAGAACGCCCGGGACGUCCCUGAAGCCGGGGCUGAGAAGCGACCCCGCAGCGGCUCCGACUCGUCGGGGGGAGGCCCCAAGGACAUGGCGAGAAAGAAACAGCGACUGGAUCAGGGUUCUGAGGCCAGUUCUGAUGGGGAGGAUUCUGGGAUUGAUUCGAGGAAGCCGAAACUGGCUGCUGCCCAGGGGGAUGCUGGGAAAUCCGGGCACACAGGAUCGUGGGAGGACGAGGGGGACUCUGGAGCAGAGGAGACACCCGAGCGGGGUGGCACUGGCAGAGAGAGCGACUCCGAGCGGGCAGCCGGGAGCAAGGGAAUGAAGCAGCCCCCGAGGAGAACAGAGGGCGCCAAGGCGCAGGACCGGCCGGGGAAGAAACGAGCGAGAGAGGCAGAGCGGAGGGGUGACUGUGGGGAGCAGGAGGGGAAAGCGAACGGGGGGAUCACAGCUCAGAGGGAGGAGGAAUCAGGGAGCGAAUCAGCCGUGGAGGAGGAGGAGUGUAAGUGGCAGAAGCAGACAGGGAAGACGGGAGCGAGGAAGGCCAAGCAGAGGAGCGAUAGCGAGGAGGAGGGGGACAGCAAGAAGAAGGGGCGGAUGAAGGCUUGGGGGAAGGAAGUGGGGAGCGACUCUGAGGUGGAAGAGAAGGAGUGUCAGAGUAGAAAAGGGGCAGGGAAGAAGGGAACAAGGAAGGCAGGGAGAUGGAGUGAUAGUGAGGAGGAAGAGAACAAGGAGAAGAUAACAAAGUCUCAGAGAGAGGAGGAGUCAGGGAGCGAGGAGGAGGGUAGGAGCCAGAAGCCGGCAGGGAAAAGGGGAGCAAAGAAGGCCGAGUGGAGGAGCGAUAGCGAGGCUGAGGAAGUGGGGAGCAGGAAGAGGGGCAGGGUGAAGGCUCAGAAGGGGGAGGAAUCGGGGAGCGAGGAAGAGGAGGAUAGGAGCCGGAAGUCAGCAGGGAAGAAGGGAACGAAGAAGGCCGAGCGGAGGAGCGAUAGCGAGGCUGAGGAAGUGGGGAGCAGGAAGAGGGGCAGGGUGAAGGCUCAGAAGGGGGAGGAAUCGGGGAGCGAGUCAGAGGUGGGUAGGAGCCGGAAGUCAGCAGGGAAGAAGGGAACGAAGAAGGCCGAGCGGAGGAGCGAUAGCGAGGCUGAGGAAGUGGGGAGCAGGAAGAGGGGCAGGGUGAAGGCUCAGAAGGGGGAGGAAUCGGGGAGCGAGGAAGAGGAGGGUAGGAGCCGGAAGUCGGCAGGGAAGAAGGGAACGAAGAAGGCCGAGCGGAGGAGCGAUAGCGAGGCUGAGGAAGUGGGGAGCAGGAAGAGGGGCAGGGUGAAGGCUCAGAAGGGGGAGGAAUCGGGGAGCGAGGAAGAGGAGGGUAGGAGCCGGAAGUCGGCAGGGACGAAGGGAGCGAAGAAGGUGGAGCUGGAGAGGAAGAAGAGGAGGACGAAGGCCCAGAGUGAGGAGGAAUCGGGGAGCGAGGAGGAGGGUAAGAGCAGGAAGGAGACGGGGAGGAAGGGAAGGGGGAAGGCCGAGCGGGGCAGCGAGAGCGAGGAAGAGGAGCGUAAGCCGAGGCUGAAGGCUGAGGAGGAGGGGAAGGCGAGGCAGAGGGGCAGCUCCGAGACAGACGAAGACUCUUCCUCCUCCUCCUCCUCCUCCUCCGCGCAGGAUGAGAACAACAGCCCCAACCCAGGCUCCCGGCGCAAGAAGGGAAAGGCGCCGGGCCCGGCGGAGGAGCACCCGGCCGUGCGCCGGCUGAAGCGCUGCAUCCUGGCCUGCGGCGUGCGGCGGAACUACGGGAAGCUGCUGGCCGGGUGUCGCUCCGUCAAGCAGCGGGUCGGGGUCCUGCGCCGGGAGCUGGAGGCCAUUGGGCUGCAGGGGAACCCCUCUCUGGAGCGGUGCCGGGCCCUGCGGCUGCACCGGGAGGAGGCAGCCGAGUUGGCAGCGCUGGACGUGGGGAACAUCAUCGUCUCUGACGGCCGCCCCCGGCGCCGCAACAUCUGGAGUCUGUACAGCACCCCCCCGGCCGUCCCCCCAGCUGCCCCCCCAGACGCCGAAGGGGGCCCCCCAUCCCGGUGCCCCACUGACUGGUCCAGCCUCCGCGGCGUGAUCAGCAGCGACGGGGAGAGUGACUGAGGCGGGGGGCGGCACCUGGGUAUAACACCCUCCCCCCACCCGCUGUGGGGCUGGGAGUUGGGGCUCGCCCCUGCCAUUCCCUGCUUGGAAGGGCCUGUUGUUUGGGGGUGGGGGCAGAUUGGGGAGGGCUCCCCAUUGGAUGGGGUAGGAUCGGGGGAGCAAAUCCGUCUCCCAUUCCCCACUUGGUAGGGGGCAGGUGUGGGGCUCUGGGGCCAGAAAUUGGGGGGUAACCCCUGGUGUCUGUCACUUUCUGGGCUGAGCCCACCCAGCACCCCAAAACUGGAGGUUGGGGGACCCCUGAGCCACGAGGGGGGCUCCCUGCAGAGCUGGGAGGCAGCCGUCUGCCCCCAGGGGAACCAGAGGCGACCCCAAAAUAUUCCCACAAGGGCCCCUCAAUGAAGGAUGCUGGUGCAGGGGGCUGGAUGUGUCCUGGCUUGGGGGGCGCCCCCUAGAUCUACAGCCUGGGGGCAAUUCCCCCUCCCCAUUGUCCCCAAACCCCCCCAGUUGUCAAUGUCUUUGUUUUAUGGGAGUUUUUUAUAUUAUAAAAUAAAGUGAAUUUUGUUAUUUAA